UUUGCCACUCAAUCUGCCUUAUUCAAAUUUUCCUUACUCACUUCACAUACAUGCGUAUGCCCGAUACUUUAAUCUGAAUGAAAAAUUUCCCAUGCCCUGCAGAUUCUCACAAUAUUUUCCCAAAAACAUUCUGUAUAUUUAGCGCAACAAAUGCCGGUGUCUCGUCAGUUUUAUAUGAGAUAUCGUCGGAAUAGGUUCCUUGUAAAGCAGAGAAACCGAACAAAAACAAAGAUUAUCGCUAAAGUUAAUAUAAAGUAAACAAAGAAUCAAAAAGAUAAUUCAUACUCUUAGUUACUCACGUGAGAUCAAAAAACGUAAAUCUUUAGAUUUUUCAUAAAAGUUUCAGACGCGCAAAAGGGGAAAAGCUUAUUCAGAUUGUCUACGAGACAGUCGAUCGAUUGAUAUUUUUUGUAAAAAAAUAAGUUUUACCUACAUACAUAUAUGUAUUGUGGUCUUAUCGGGACUUUCAAAUGAAAAGUGAAAGUGCCAACCGAAAAAGGUUCUAACACAAAGCGUCGAACAAAAGUUAUUUAUCUAAGCCAGUAACUAAGUGAACAACUAAGUGCGCUUUAGCAAGCAAAAUGAUCUGAUAGCAACUAAAAAUAAUUCUGAUGGAUAAACAGAUAAAAGUUUAGAAAUAAACAACAACAAUACAAUUACAUACAUACUUUAAAUUAAAUACAUAAAGUGCGCACAGUAGUGCGUAUUAUCGGACGUAAAGUAAAAACAAUUUCAAUAACUAAAGUAAAGAGUGAGUGAAAAAUUCGCUGUGAGCAAAAGGAUUUGACAUCUUUUGUCUGGGACCUGUAUAAAAAAAGGGUAUAAAAAUAUACAGUUAGAAAAACCAAGAUGAGAGCAGAAGAUCUACCACGUGUGCGCAUCGCAGUAAUUGGAAAUGCGGAUGUGGGAAAAUCAGCGUUGACAGUGCGUUAUCUGACAGGCCGUUUUAUUGGCGAAUACCGAUCAAACACAGAUCUACUAUAUAAUAAAACGAUCUCAUUGGAUGCUGGCCUGACGGAAGUGGAAAUUGUUGAUGUCUAUGCCGGAAAUGAAGAAGAUUUUCCAAUGGAGCAAGUUCUCUGGGCAGACGCUUGCAUGGUCGUCUACAAUAUAACGGAGCGUAAAAGUUUUGGCUAUGCCAGUAAAUGUUUAGGCGAAAUUAAGGCGUUACAAAAUGGUCCAUCCGCUUAUUUGAUAGGCAACAAAGCAGAUUUGGAUCAUUUACGAGAGAUACCCGAAAAAGAAGGUGCUGCGCUGGCUGCUGCACAUUCUAUUGGUUUCUGUGAAGUUUCCGUGGCUGAAUUUACCCCUAUUUUAUCAAAGGCCUUUGAAAAAUUGAUCAUCGACUCGCGUGCUCGCCCACAAAAACAAGUACGCAAAUUUUCGGUGAGCAAAAUGUUGGGCACACUGAUCGGUAGUAGCGGCUAUGGCAGCAAUCGGAAUUUGGCCAUCAAUCAGGGUACCGUAAUACCUUGCCACAAGGGUGAACUGCAUAAAACACGUGUGCUAAAGCGUCGGCAGGGCUUCAUGGCCACAUCCAGUUUGUGACCAUCUGUCGAAACGGAUUGGUAAUGAAGAAGAAGAUACUAGAAAGAGAGAGUAGUGAACAGAGAAGGAAGAAUGAAGGGGUGUUAACAAAUUUUUAUAUAUUUUAAAAUUUAAAUUUAUAGGUUUAACAACAAGUAGUAACGUAAUUACCAGUAAAGCGCUUUUUGUGUUUGUUAUUCAAAAAAAUUGCGCACAUACUGCUCGUCGUCAUUUAAUGUACAUACACAUAUGUAUGUAGACAUACAUAUAUGUACAUACAUAUGUAUCUAAAUUGAAAUUGCCUGAAAAGAAGUUUGUUUGCUGAAUUAAUUCGUAUUGCAUAAAAUUUUGAACAUAGAUCAAAAAUAUAUUUAAAUACAUUUGUAUCUAUGUAUAUAAUCCACUUGUGGAAAAACAUAUUUACAUACAAAUAUUGUACUUCUAAUUGUAUCACAAAUGUAAUUAAGUAUAAGUAUAAAAACAUUGUAAAGGUUUUGUUUUUAAAGCGAGUGUACAAUGAAAUCAACUUUUUUGUAUUGAAAUGGAAUUUCAAAUGUUACUAAACAAAUUAAUAACAGCAACUUGUUGCUGAUAGCAGUAAUCAAAUCUCAUUCUCUAUCCAAAAUAGUGACUGAAUUUUUCAGUAUUCAAUCUAAGCGGGUUUAAAAAUGUUACAUUUUUAUUUUUUAGUAAACCGUAAGUAAGUGUAUUCAAGCAUACAUACAUACACAUACAUGUUAACCUAUAUAAUUUUCCAAUAAAACUGAGACAGUUCGAAAUUUCAUUUGAAAACAAAAUAAUGUUGAAUUUCUAAUAUUGAAAUUAUGCGUUUUUUGUUUUUAAAAAAUAUGGCUGAAAAAGAACUGUGAUAUGUAUUUAUGUAGAAAAAUUGUAGUUUUUAAACUAACGUAGUUUUAUAUGUAUUACUUGUACACAAAUCAGGACAUUAUUCACUUAAGCACAUCCGUUAUGGAACGGAAAUUUUUCCUUAAGAAAUCAUGGACGUAUACUUUACUCAAUGUAAAAUAUACAGCCCUGCCCUACGUACAGGCGUAUUUAGGAUAAGAAAAUUAUGGUAGGGUAGACCUAUUCGAACUAACUGAAAUUGUAAUAAUUUUCACUUUGAUGUAAAUUUUUAUUAAUUUCCGCUUGCAAGAGAAAUUUUUUGCAGGUUUAUGUAUUUUUGUUUUAUAAAUUAUUUUAUGUUUAUAAAAUAUAAAUGCAAAAGAAGUUUUCGAAGUUUAACUUUUCGUAUUUUGAAAAUUUUUAAAAUUUCGAGAGCUUUCCUAAGCGACUAUGACUUCCAAUAAAAUUUGUUUUAACAAAUCUACAUACAUAAUUCACAUUGAGAAGUCAUAUUACGAUUUCAUAUUCCUUGUAGUAAAAUGGAUCAUUAUUAUACUUUGCAUCCGGUGUUCAAUUUCGAAAUACAGUUGGAAAGAGCGAUGCUGUGUAUUGCGGUAACUUGGCUUAAAAUAUAUCUAAGCCUAAAUAAAA